AUGUUCUUCCUGUAUAACAUGGAGCGCAGAGUGACGCUGCAUCCCUCCUACUUCGGGCGCAACAUGCAAGAGCUCGUCACGAGCAAGCUGCUAAAAGACGUCGAGGGCACCUGCGCCGGCAGCUACUACAUCAUCUCCAUCAUGGACACCUUCGACAUCUCCGAGGGUCGCAUCCUUCCGGGGAACGGGCUCGCCGAGUUUACCGUCGGAUACCGAGCCGUCGUCUGGCGCCCCUUCAAAGGCGAAACGGUUGACGCCGUCGUCUACUCGAUCAACCCCCAGGGUUUCUUCGCCCAAGCCGGUCCCCUGCGGCUCUUUGUGUCGGCACACCUGAUUCCAAGCGACAUCAAAUGGGAUCCGAACGCGACCCCUCCUCAGUUCACCAACAACGAAGACACCGUCAUCGAGCCUGGCACCCACGUACGCGUCAAGAUUAUUGGAACGAGAACCGAGGUCGGCGAGAUGUGGGCCAUUGGAAGCAUCAAGGAGGACUACCUUGGGUUCGUUCUCCACGGCGCCGGAACGCCAUGGCCUUUUCCCCCCGCUGACGCGCGACUUUUGCAGAUGCCUCCAGGACUGAUGGAUCCCAACAUCACGGCGUCAGGACUGGCUACCUUGGAUUUUGAGUUCUGCGUCAUUGGAUGGAGGCUCCCCACCAUCGCCUGGCUGGGUGAGGCCUAUCUGCACAAGAUUGCGUCAGGCUUCCUACCGCGAAUAGGAUUCGGCAUUGCGACGGCAAGGAGAAUGACGAUGCAGGCGUCCAAUCGACUCAAGACGGCCUUUGCCCAGGGCAGGCAGUCCAUGGGCAUGUGGCAGAUGCUACCCGGAGCCAACAUCUCGAGGCUGCUGGCGAGAUCCGGCGUGGAUUGGGUCAUGGUGGAUUGCGAGCAUGGCAAUAUCGACGACGGAGCUAUGCACGAUGCCAUCCCAGCCAUUGCCGCACUCGGCGUCUCUCCCAUCGUCAGGAUCCCGGACAUGCAGUCCUGGAUGGUGAAGCGUGCCUUGGACGCCGGGGCCCAUGGAGUGCUUGUACCCCUGCUACGUACGGUAGAGGAAGCUAGGGAGAUUGUCCAGGCGGCCAAGUUCCCUCCGAUGGGUCGUCGAGGCUACGGCUCGCCCUUUAGCACCGAGCGCUUCAAGCCCAUGCCCACCUUCACCGAGUACUUGCAGCAGGCCAAUGAUGCGCUCUUGACCAUGGUCCAGAUCGAGACGAAGGAGGCUCUCCAGUCUGUCAAUGAGAUUGCCGCCGUCGAUGGCGUUGACGUCCUGUUCAUCGGGCCCUUUGAUCUCGGAAACAGCAUCGGAAAUCCCAUCCUCGAUGGCGUCGUGCCCCGAGAGCUCAAGGACGCCAUCGCCAACAUUCUUGCGGCGUGCCGCCGGUCAGGCAAGAAGUGCGGCAUGUACGCGACGAGUGGCGAGGAGGCCAAGACGCUGGCGGAUCAGGGAUUCGACAUGAUCAGCGUCGCGGCCGACUACACGGCUCUCGAAUUUGUCCUGAAGCAGCAGUUGAGCGCAGCCAAGGGCGGUGCCGUGCUGUCCAAGACUGGGUCGUCGUACUAG